AUGUGCGCCAACGUGUUCGGGGUGUUGAAGAGCCUCUUCGGGAAGCCCUUUGACGGAGGCAAGCGGAUGGAGCACGGGGGGCAGCCGCAGCAGCAGCCGCCCAUGGCCACGGAGCACCCGGCCCAGUACCCGCCCCAGCACCCUGCCAUGAUGCGGCUGUACGAGGUCCACCGAGAGGUGACGGCGCUGGGGCCUCAGGUGUGCACCUUCAGUGGUCUGCCUGACGACCGCGACUACAAACGCCUGGAGCGCGAGCUCACGCGCCUCCUUCUGGAUGUGGAUCGCGUGGACACGGAAGGAAAGGCGGAGCUGCAAUGUGCGCGCAAGCGAGCGGCGCAGGAGGUGGAGGGUCUGCUGCGUUACCUGGAGGAGAACGCCCGCCACCCGUCCCGCAGAGCCAUGGAGGAGUUGAGCGAGGAGGCUCGACAGCUGGUCGACGCCCGCGUAGUGGCGCCGCAGCGUCAGGGCGGCGCCGCCGACGUGGACGACGAGCUGCUGGAUGCCCUGCAGCAACUGGUGCUGCGGCUGACCCAGGUGAAGACAGAGGGCCGGGUGCCACUACGAAAGGCGCGUUAUCGGGCGCUGACCCGACUCUGUGCCGUCCAAGACGUCCUGGAGGGCCGCACGCCGCAGCAAACACUCUCGCUACCGCUCUCAAGCGACACGCACGCCGCCGUCGAGAGCAUCAACCAGGUGAUGGCCAAGGUGAGCGUGGCGCGCAGCCAGCUGGUGGCACUGCUGAUGGGCCUGAGCGGCCGAGACAGCUGCGCUCACCUGUCGCGGCUGCUGAUGGAGAUGCAGGUGGAGCUGGACGCUCUGGAUGUGUCAGGAAACGCCGCCGUCAGGAACUACCGUAAGCAGGUGGUCGAAGAGAUCAACGGCCUCCUCAAACAUUUGGACCUGGAGGGAGAAGGAGACGACACUCGCAGGUACGACCUGGCCCAGAACGACUCCAUCCGCGAGAUAGAGGCGGUGCGGGCUCACGUGCGGCAGCUACGCGAAGGCGUGCUGCGCCACUGCGCGGCGGGCCAGCCUGGCUUGGGGCCGAAAGCCGAGCUCCAGGGCCUGCUGACCCACCUGGACCAGGUGGACACAGCCAAGAACCCCUGCAUCCGCGAGGCGCGGCGGCGCGCCGUGGUGGAGGUGCAGGCGGUGGUGACCUUCCUGGACCUGCGCGAGGCGCUGGCCUGCCGCCGCCCGGGCCCCGACGAACACCCGGCCCACCGCGCCGUCUGGACGGCGCUGGCCAGCCUGUCGGAGCUGCAGGCCGGGGCGCUGGGCUUCGACGGCAAGCGGGCCGACAAGAGCUACGUGGUUCUGGAGGAGCUGCUGACCAAGCAGCUGCUGGCGCUGGACGCCGUGGACCCCCGCGGCGACGACGGCGCCAAGGUGGCCCGCAAGCAGGCCGUCAAGUUCGCGCAGAACAUUCUCAACUACUUGGACAUGAAGACUGACGAGUGGGAGUACUGA